GCCGGCCGUGCCAGUCAGAUGUUUACCGUGCAGCGUCUGCCUCCUGUGUGUUUGAGGCUGAUCGUGUGUUUUCUGUGGAGAAGCGUCCCGGAGCUGCAGACCUGCACCGAACAAUGAGGAGAAACCUGUUGUAAAACAAGCACAAGCAUUAGUCCCGACGUGAAAAGAUGGAAAUGCUGGACCAAGAGUAUCUGGGGAGAUGGGAUGGCCUGGGGAGCCGGGAUGCCAGCUCCAGGACUGAAGCCAUGGAGAACAUCCACCUGGAGGUCAUGAGGAAGGUGGAGGAUAUUGGGCCCAUACAGGCACUGGCCCCCUCGCCCCCGGCCUUGGUAACCCCCCUGAACAGCGAUCUGAACGACAUCCUUGCUCACCUGCUCAUGCUCUCCAAACGCUGUCCCUUCGAAGACGUCAGGGAGCGAUGCAUUCGGCUUCUACGGGCUGUCCAGGACUUGGGAGUAAGGAUCCCAAGACCCUUAGGAAACGGACCAAGCAGAUUUAUCCCUGAAAAAGAGAUCCUUCAAGUCAGUAAAGUGGACGCCAGAACACAAUCGAUAUUCGAGGAUGCGUUCGCAGCCCUCGGACGUCUGGAAAAUAUUUCACUGGUGAUGGGUUUCCACCCACAGUACCUGGAGAGUUUCCUCCGGACGCAGCACUACCUGCUGCAGAUGGACGGACCCCUAUCUUUGCACUACCGACACUACAUCGGCAUCAUGGCGGCAGCUAGACACCAGUGUUCCUACUUAGUCAACCUGCAUGUGAACGACUUCCUCCAGGUCGGGGGGGAUCUGAAGUGGUUGAACGGCCUGGACCAGGCGCCGCAGAAGCUGCAGCAGCUCGGGGAGCUCAACAAAAUCCUGGCCCACCGACCCUGGCUUCUCACUAAGGAACACAUCGAGCGCCUUCUGAAGGCUGAGGAACACAGCUGGUCCCUUGCAGAGCUCAUCCACGCCGUGGUCCUCCUCACACACUACCACUCCCUCGCCUCGUUCACGUUCGGCUGUGGCAUCAUGCCCGAGAUUCACUGCGACGGCGGACACACUUUCAGGCCCCCUUCCCUGAGCCAGUAUUGCCUGUGUGACAUUGCCAACGGCAACGGCCAUGUUUAUCACCAUGACGAUCUGCUGGGAAACCAGGAGGUGUGUGGCGAGGUCGAGGUGCUGAUGGAGCGCAUGAAGCAGCUGCAGGAGUGCCGCGACGACGAGGAGGCCAGCCAGGAGGAGAUGGCGACCCGCUUCGAAAGGGAGAAGACGGAGAGUAUGCUGGUGGUCACAGCGGAGGACGAGGAGUCUGUCCCCUCAAGGGAAAUCUCUAGACACUUUGAGGACCCCAGUUACGGCUACAAGGACUUCUCCAGGAGGGGGGAGCACGUGCCCACGUUCAGAGUGCAGGAUUACAGCUGGGAGGAUCAUGGCUUCUCUCUGGUCAACCGACUGUACCCUGAUGUGGGUCAGAUGCUGGAUGAGAAGUUCCAGAUGGCCUACAACCUGACCUACAACACCAUGGCAACGCACAAGGAUGUGGACACCAGUAUGCUGCGUAGGGCCAUCUGGAACUACAUCCACUGCAUGUUUGGCAUCAGGUAUGAUGACUAUGAUUAUGGAGAGAUAAACCAGCUUCUGGACCGUAGCUUUAAGAUCUAUAUCAAGACCAUGGUGUGUAGUCCUGAGAAGACCACCAAACGAAUGUAUGAGAGUUUCUGGAGGCAGUUUCAGCACUCCGAGAAGGUCCAUGUUAAUCUGCUUCUUAUGGAAGCGCGAAUGCAAGCAGAACUGUUAUACGCUCUGAGAGCGAUCACCCGCUACAUGACAUGAAGUGCUUAUGGCAAUUUUAUCGUUGUCUUUUUACUGUCGUUGUUGUUGCUCAUAAUGGGACACGCCAAGAAAAAAGAAAAUCAAAGCGAGGGAGGGGGUUUAAAAAUCUGGAGGAGAGUCCUGGGUUGUUACGGUGCUUGUUGGCUGGAUGGAUGAUGAGAAGAGGAUCAGAACAAAUGGAAAGCAAGAAAAAAAAAAUGAAAAAAACUGCUGAAGAAAAGUCAUCUCAAACUCCAAGUGGAUUCACAAACACGUUUGUGUUGCCUGCAGUGCCAAAAGCGACCAAGAGAGGUCAGCCUGGGGCAAACUCCUGCUCAGCUGGGGAGUUUGUGCCGGGCAGGAGCACUGACACCGGAGGCAUCCAGGGAAGACAACGUUUCAGUAUUCCAGCACGGUGCAACACAUUGGUUGCCAGUCUCUUCUGACUCUUGUAGAAAACCCCCAGAAUGCCGUGCAGCCACAGAGUCUGCACUUUGAGCCCGUCGUCACUAUGAUGUUUGUUUAGUUUCUUGACGUAUCUUUUUUUUAUUUUAUUUUGUAUUAGGAUACAUGUGGAUGUUGUCGAUGUGGUUGCGGUUAGUGGAGAUGGAAGCAUCAACUUUGGGCUGUGUUUUGUUUUACCUGUGCCUGAACGAUCCAGCACAGUGUGCAUACGUGCUGAUGCUGCUGCUCCCAUGUUGUAUUCAGCGGGAUCAUAUUGAUCCCCAAAUCACCCAACCACCCCCACCUCAUUAUGCCCCCUAUCCAUUCGAAAUCCACUGCAUUAACCCCCUCAAAUGUCAAUUUAAGCUAAUCCAAGGAUUGUGUGAAACCUGGAGAGGUGUGGAGAGAAACUCAAAGAACACUGAGCCCUUUUUGAGUUUGACUGUACACGUGUGGAUGAGUUUCUGUGUUCAUGAUGACUGAGGUGUGAGUGUGUGUGUAUCUGUGUGUGUGUUUGUUUCACACACGACGGAGAAGAAAAAAAAGUACGUCUUUGAAUUUCAUGUGUCAAAAAAAAGAAAAAAAUGUAAGCGAGGCACCUUGAAGGAAAGACUUCUUGCUUCUGCUGUAGCUCUGUUUUUGUGAGAACUGUUUUAUCAUUUGUUGAUGAUGAUGAUGUCGUUUAUUUUUCUGGUAAGGGGGAAAAGAAGAAAAAAAAAAAAAUCUUAAAGAGAAAGUUAGAAACCAGGUUUUCCAGGAGGGAUUUGCUUCCGGUUGCCCUAACCACACCUUAUCUGUCUUCCGCUUAUCCCAGCUGCCUGGUCGCCCUAACACUUUUGAAGCUUUGGAUUGUGAAUUUUACCAGUAAAUAAAUACCUCUUCUGUUUUUUCACUAUAAGAAACAUAUGAGAAGUGCUCUUUGUUGAGCAGAGACUCUUUCCGGGCUGCCGGGUUCCCUUUGCUCGGGGAGCCGGCUCGCCCACACAGGGCCGGCUGCGGUCGAUCAGCUGUCGAACGCAGGAGGUUGUAGCUGUGCUUAUUUCCCUGCUGGGGAAGUCUAACAAGUGCAAAAGCAGCUUAUUUUUUUUCAUUUUAUUUUGAAACGGAGGUGUAAAACCUCUACUGUUUUGUUUUUUGUUUACUAAAACCAGUAAAGUACUGCAUUCUCCUGAGGUUGUGUUGAGAGAAUCAGACGGAUGAAUGAGUGAUAUCUCGAGGAGGAGGGUGGUGAUGAUGAAAAAAAGGAAUGGUACAUUUGGAAGUGGUUUGAGAGGAAGUGGAGGUUUUUUCAGACUUCUGACUGAUGUCAGUUACUGACACUUUUAUAUGAAACUAUGAAAAAGAUGGAAAAAAAUAAAUAAAACUAUGAUAUCGAA